AUGAAGGAAGUCUACCAGUUUUUUUCUGAAAAUUUAGGACUCACGGGAUUUGAUGAGAAGAGUGUACUCUACACAAUAAGUAAAGAACUUAUUGAGAAUGCAAUUGACGCAUGCAAAGAUGAACAGAAAGAACAUAAAAUUAAGCUCCAGCUGAAGAAAAAUGAUGAUGUUAUAGAAAUCCAAUGUUUCGAUGAUGGGUCGGGAAUCAACCCAAACUCAAUAGAGUCAAUAGGGCAUAUAUUUAACUCAUCAAAGUCCGACCAAGAAACAUCAGGAACGUUUGGUUUAGGAAUCAACGAGAACAUGAUCAUGAAGUACAACGUGGUUUUGUCUGAAGAUUUGAAAGAACCGUUUGUAUGCAAUGUACUAACUGAAGAAGUAACACUUGAUGAGUGGCCUUACAACACGGGCGUGAUAACAAAAUUUAAGUGUAGUGUUCCAAACAAUUUUAAGGAGCUUAUUUCUUCAUAUUUGGAUAUCGUAAGCAUUCACCAUCCCAAGAUAAACAUCAGUCUCGACAUGUUCGGAAAUUUAAUUAGCAAGGGAAACAAGCAGGAAUCAAUAACUGAAGGCAUACUAUCAGUUUUUUUAAGUGGAGUUGAGAUAUACACGGCCUCAUUUACAACAGACCAAGUGGGCUUCAAGAAAGUGGAUGUUUCUUGUUUCAUAGGCAAAUUUUCUCUGAAAUUCAAAAAUUAUGCAACAUUACACGUUCUGAGGUGCAUUAACGGCAUUCCUAUGGCAAAAAACUCCAGUAGUUACUGUGCAAUAUAUAGUACAAUAAGAAACUUGAUUAAGAAGGAGUUGAAGGAGUAUGGAAUAAGGUCUUCAGGAAGAAUUAGUAAGCAAUUGAUGGAGGAGUUGGAUAGCCAGGUUAAUACUCCUGAGGGGGUACUGAACCACAAACCCGUGAGAACACAUCAUUUAACCAUGUUUAGUUUCUUAGGGACAUUCCAAUUAAAACUGCACCAGAUUCUACUUGGAACCUAA